ACACUGGUUUACUGGCGAAUUGUCGAUUUUGAAGUCUUAUUCUCAUAUAGUCCAUAUAGUCUAGGCCUAGAUCUAGAUCUAGAGGACGUAGACGCUUGUUCACGACGCAUUUAUUAUUAUUUGACGUACGUGUUUCAAUUACUGGUCCUACACGAUUAUUUCAAGACUUCGCAUUUGAAGCUGAAUGUGUGAUACUGAUACUAGUAAGUGGUUACCAGUGCAUUUCGUAACCACGUGCUCUCGGUAUUCUAGGAUAACCUUCUCGAAAUAUACAAGAUUUUGAGAGUUGAAGUAUUUUUAUACAAUUUAUAAUAACUGCGGACAAGUUAAAAGCAAAAUGGCAAAAUCACGUGUAACGAACAAAGCUCCUAGAAAGGAGGGAUUCAAUCGAUCCGGACACAGUAUGAAUCCCGAACGGCCCACAGAAGGAUUGAAGGGUGUAGCUAAAGUUCGAACGAAAGCAACGAUUAAGAGAUUACAGAUGUAUCGUAACUCGAAACCGAAGCGAGAUCGAACAGGAAAGAUCAUCAGCCCCGCGCCCUUUCAAGGGUGGCAACCGUCCGGCACCAUGUCUCGCGUUGAACCUUCUCAGAGAUGGUUCAGUAAUUCAAGGGUCAUUUCUCAAAAUGCUUUGCAAAAAUUUCAAAGUGAAUUGGGCAAAGCGAUGAAAGAUCCUUACAAAGUUGUCAUGAAACCAACCCAAUUGCCGAUAACUCUGCUUGAACAGAAAGCUGCGAAGGCGAGAGUGCAUGUGCUGGAUACAGAAAAUUUCGAAAGUGUUUUUGGUCCAAAGAAGGUGCGGAAGAAACCGAAUUUAACUGUGUCCUCCUAUGACGAAUUUCAAAAAAUGGCAGAACAAAAGGAGGAGGAGUAUAAUAUGGAAAAGGAUUCGAAGGAUGUCGAUCUCGUACGUCCAGACACUGGUGUCAGAGAGGCGCAGAGGGAUUGGGUCAUGGCCGCUGGCCAAAGCAAAAGAAUUUGGAACGAAUUAUAUAAAGUUAUAGAUUCUUCCGAUGUCGUUUUACAAGUACUGGACGCCAGAGAUCCUUUAGGAACCAGAUCGCCUCCCAUUGAGAAGUAUCUUAAAACUGAAAAACCUCACAAGCAUUUAAUGUUUAUCUUAAAUAAAGUUGACCUGGUUCCGACGUGGGUCACGCAGAGAUGGGUCGCGAUUCUAAGCGCUGAAUAUCCAACUGUCGCGUUUCACGCUUCGAUGAUGCAUCCAUUUGGCAAAGGCUCUUUGAUAAAUCUGUUACGACAGUUCGCAAAAUUGCAUACUGAUAAGAAACAGAUCAGCGUAGGUUUCAUUGGUUAUCCUAAUACUGGUAAAAGUUCGAUUAUAAAUACUUUAAGAUCGAAGAAAGUGUGCAGCGUAGCACCGAUAGCAGGUGAAACGAAAGUGUGGCAAUAUAUCACUUUGAUGAGGCGAAUCUACUUAAUAGAUUGCCCAGGCGUGGUUUACCCAUCGGCAGAAACCGACUCUGAGAAAGUCUUGAAAGGUGUCGUCAGGGUGGAGCUUGUUCAGAACCCGGAAGAUUAUAUUCCAGAAGUAUUGUCGCGCGUGAGAGAAGACUAUAUACGGAAAACUUACAAAAUUAUGGAGUGGAACGAUCAUGUCGAUUUCUUAGAAAAGCUGGCGCGUAGAAGUGGGAAAUUAUUAAAGAAGGGAGAGCCGGAUAUCACGAUUGUUUCGCGAAUGAUUCUGAAUGAUUGGCAACGUGGUAAACUACCGUAUUACGUUGCACCUCCUGGUUUCGAGCAACCAUUAGCAAAAUCAGUGAUCGAUGAAGACAACGAUGCUGCUAGAACUGUUGAAGACAAUAAUGCUGAGGAUAAUACUGUCGUGAACCAAACUGAGAAUCUACCGAGCAAAGAGCCACCGAAAAUUCAAUUGUCCGUAAUUCAAGAUUUUCGUAAAAUUAGAGUCGGUUUACCGUAUUCGGGUGACGAUGUAAAAAAUAGUCUAUCUAUUGAAUCUGAUACACCUGUAAAUGACAAAGAAAACGAUACACAGGAAACCAGUUCAAUUUCAUCUGAUAUCGGUCAAAUUGAAGAUGAGGAGAAUACGUCAUCGAUUGAAGAUAAGGAAAGCAUGGACUCUGAUGGGAAUUCAGAAAAUGGGAAGAAAGAGGACGGAGAAGAUGCGAGUGAUGAAAUUCGUUUGCCGCUGGAAAAGGACACUUUAUUGCAGAGUGCUUACGACGAAGUAGAAGAGGACUACGAUUCUAGUGAUAGCGAAAUGUUAAAUGUAAAAACGGUAGCCAGUAGUGGUACGUUUAAAGUUUCUUCCAUGCCUUCCAAAGUGGAUUCGUUAGCAAGGAAAUUAACAAGUAAACAACGGCGAGCUCUAGAGAGAGCCAGUAAACGGAAGAAAAUUGGUAGCAACUUUUAUGAAGUUACAAACGUAAAAAAUAGGAAUAGAAAUAGAAAAAUACCUAAGGUUGUACGAAAAUGAUCUUAUUUAUAAGAGAGAUGUAACAGCGACUAUUAACACAAAUGUUUUCCAGAUGCAAUUUCUUAUACAGACUGCGUUAGUAUGAGAAAUGUCAUUUCAAAUAAAAAGUUAUUGUUUUUUAUUAAACGAAAUUUUCUACAUAUUUAUUAUACAACGGAGCUCAUCGAAUACAUACAUACUUGUAUCUUGUUAAACCGAAAUUCAUGUUUCCAAGGCAAAGUAAAACCAAUUUCAAAUGA